UUUCCGCUAGGUGGCGAUACGUCGGGCGCUAAGUAAAGAAACAGACUUGCGAAGCGGUUGAAUUUUUUCUAUACGUGAAAUAAUCAAGUGCAAAUAGCAAACGAAAUGGCUGCUAGAUUCAUACAGAAAAUUGUCAACACGACGCCCGCUGCCAGCCGUGCAUAUUCUUCCGGCGUAAAGAAAGUAACACUGAUACCCGGGGAUGGCAUUGGUCCAGAGAUCUCAGCUGCCGUGCAGAAAAUUUUCACUGCCGCCAAUGUGCCCAUUGAAUGGGAGGCUGUCGAUGUGACGCCAGUGCGCGGACCAGAUGGCAGAUUUGGCAUACCCCAGGCUGCAAUUGAUUCGGUCAACACGAACAAGAUUGGCCUCAAGGGUCCACUGAUGACGCCCGUUGGCAAGGGUCAUCGUUCUCUGAACUUGGCGCUGCGCAAAGAGUUCAAUUUGUAUGCCAAUGUGCGCCCGUGUCGCAGUCUCGAGGGUUACAAAACAUUGUACGAUGAUGUCGAUGUGGUUACUAUCCGUGAGAACACUGAGGGCGAGUACUCUGGCAUUGAGCACGAGAUUGUCGAUGGUGUGGUGCAGAGCAUUAAGCUAAUUACGGAGGAGGCUUCCAAGCGUGUGGCCGAGUAUGCUUUCCAAUAUGCCAAGAACAAUAACCGCAAGAAGGUGACAGUGGUGCACAAGGCCAACAUUAUGCGCAUGUCCGAUGGUCUUUUCCUGCGUUGUGUGCGCGAUAUGGCGCAAAAGUAUCCGGAGAUACAGUUUGAGGAGCGCUAUCUGGAUACUGUCUGCUUGAACAUGGUGCAGAACCCAGGCAAAUAUGAUGUGCUUGUCAUGCCCAAUCUUUAUGGUGAUAUCUUGUCUGAUAUGUGCGCUGGUCUUGUUGGUGGUCUGGGUCUGACGCCCUCGGGCAACAUGGGUUUGAAUGGUGCAUUGUUUGAGUCUGUGCACGGCACAGCACCCGAUAUUGCUGGCAAGGAUUUGGCCAAUCCUACGGCGCUGUUGCUGUCCGCUGUAAUGAUGUUGCGCCACAUGGAGCUUAAUACGCAUGCCGAUAAAAUUGAGCGUGCCUGCUUCGAGACUAUCAAGGAGAGCAAGUACCUUACUGGCGACUUGGGCGGCCGCGCUAAGUGCUCCGAGUUCACAAACGAGAUCUGCUCUAAGCUGUAAGCUAUUGAUAGCAGCAGCAACACCAACCAGCAGCUAUAACAACAGCAGCCACAACAACAACAAACUGUCGCAUUUGUUGCCAAGCAAGCAGUGCUGCCGUAUAAUAAAAUGUGGUGGCAAUAAGAACUAUGAAAAGUGCUGCAUCUGCUGCGCUCAAGCAACAAGACACUCGCUUCUCAAACCAAAUAGCAACAAGUAAAAUAACAACAACAGCAAUAUCAAUAAAUCAACAACACUCAAACACAAAUUAAGCCUACAGUUACUUAUGUUUUAUAUAAAUUUCUUUUUCGGUUUUGAAGAGCAACCCAAAGUAUUUUUUAUUGUUCGAAUACGCUCAACUAAAUUAUUGAGUUCCGCACCAAAAAUUGCAUGUUAAAAAUUAUUUUAUACUUUUUCGCCAAAACACAAUUAUAUAAUUUUGACCUAAGCUAAAGUCAAGUAUUUAUUUGUCGCCAUCCAUCCAACUGCGGAACAACAAUUAUUGUUUUUAUUAUUGAUUAUGCCACAUAAAAGUAAUUGUAAUUAUUUAUGUAUUAAUUUGUUUUAAAAAGAAUCAAUUUCGCUUUAAACACCAUAUAUAUAAACAUGCAUAUAUAUUUUAUUUUUUGUUUUAACUAUGUUAAAGAUGUGUAGAGAAAAACAUUUUACCAUACACAAAUCAAACCGAAACAGAAAGAUCAGUGAAGACGAAAUGGUAACAAUAAUAUUGUAAUAAUUAUAUAAAUAAAACACAAUGAAAUGUAAACAACAAAUUAUAGAAUGAUUAAUUUUCAAAAUGUAUGCUAUUGUUAUUGAUUACUAAGCGAAAUUGUAAAUGCAACAAGCAAAUGUCAUGCAAUUGUUGAAAACUCAAUAAACUAAACAAAAAUACCAAA